CUUACGAAAACCUUCCUUGCUCCACUGAAAUACACAAUGGUGAUAAAUGCUGGAAUACUGUGGUGUGUCUUAACAGCUGCUGUGACUGAUGUUGGUACUGCCCAGCUGUUUCUCCCUUCAGUAGGGCGUAAGGUAGUAGUAGGCCUGAGCCAAGCAGUGACAGCUGUACUCAACGCCACGACAGAGACCAACUGCUCCUCCAUCCUGUUCACUGAUGGUGUCACCUAUCACACCACUAUAUACGAGAUGUGGAGUCAGCUGGUGGCCCCCUGGGGUGUGGCGGUGUUCGAGGUGGCAGUGGACGGUCAGGACGCUAACGUAACACAGGCGCAGCUCUCCCGGGCGGUCGACGAGGCUCGGCAGCUGCGGCAGGUGUCAUGGUGCGUGACGGUGGUUGUGGUGAGCGACGACCCAGCCUUCCUCGCCGCCUUCGCCGAGUGGUCCCUCAAGGGCCGCCUCCUGGUGUGGUCGACGAGGCUCCUUGUCGUCACUCGGUUACCAGCACAGGAGAUAAGAUCACUCUUGAAAAAACAUUGGUGUUUUUCAAUGAUGAACACUGUGAUGAUGAAGGUACAAGACUUAUCACAGACAAUAAGGUGUGGGGUAUACUUGCACCUGCCUUACAGCCCGCGGGGAGCAAAGGUGGUACAGGUGGCACAGUGGUCACCUCUCCAGGGCCUAGUCUACACCAUUUCCUUGCCGCUCUUUCCCGAGAAGUUCUCAAAUUUCUACGGUGCCAGGGUGAACGUGACCGCCCUGCCGUAUGCCCCGUACUGGAUGACCUCUGGUGAGGGCAACAACACCAAGCACUCCGGCAUUGACUACAACCAACUCGUGACUUUAUCAGAAGCUCUCAACUUUACUAUCCGCCUCUUACCAUCUGCCAACUGGGAUGAGGUAGGAACACAAAUCCACAGACGCUCCAAGGACCAUGACACACCUUUUGCUAUCUACGUCGGCAUGUCUGUGUUUGCUAAGACAAAAAAGAGGCAGCUUAUCGACAUGCUGCAUGAAAAUGAGGUCAGCAUUUCAUAUGACAGAGUUCUACAAUUAUCAGCCCAGUUAGGAGAAGCAGUUGUAUAUCAAUACGUGGAAGAUGAAGUGGUGUGUCCACCAAUCUUGAAGAAGCAGUUGUUCACGACUUCAGCAGUGGACAACAUUGACCACAACCCCACUGCGACUACGGUCAAAACGUCCUUCCAUGGGACCAGUGUGUCCAUCUUCCAACAUCCAAGCCCUGAGCAGGCUGAUGAGGAGCGUGAGCCACUCAGACGGAAUACAGAUACGAUGGUCAAGAAAGUUCCUAAACUUCCAGAGGCAUUCACCAAUGUCCAACCAGCUUAUAUUAUGAAGAAACCCAAUCCUCAGUUGGUAGAUCCCCAGUCAUUGCCAGCACCUGAGUCAAUCCAGUCCACACCUGCAGGAAGAGUAGCGAGGGAGUUCUACAAGAGGAACUUUGUUGUCCAAAAGUCAGGAAGAGAGUUCUCUGCCAUUGCUAUUGAUCAAGCCCAUGAACAAAACAAUGCAGUGAUUAAAGGCGAUGGAGGCGCAAUUGGGUUGACUGAGGACCCAGCAGCACUUCGUAGGUGGAUGGUGACGGGACCUGAAGUGAGUCGUCUUGUUGCUGGAUAUGAAGCUGCGUCAGGUGCAAAAGAUGGAACCACCACCAUCACGAGCAGACCCUGA